AGUUUUUUCAGAAGAAAAUGCAGGGUUUGUGCUUCACCCUGACGUCAGAUCUUGCUUUAAUAAAACCCCCCAAGGGCUGCGGUAAGAGGCGUAGCUGGUGCUCCUGAUGGGCCAGGCCAGUUUCGGCCCAGCUCCCUCGAGAGGUGGCCGGGUCCUCUGGGCUGCUGCUUGAUGCCUUUGCUACUGACUUCCAGGCAUGAGGUGGUUCCUGCCUUGGACGCUGGCAGCAGUGAUGGUGGUGGCCACGGCCCUCUCUUCAGCCCCCACGACGAUGGCCUUCACCCCAGAGCCGCUGGAGGACACGUCUUCACGCCCCCAAUUCUGCAAGUGGCCAUGUGAGUGCCCCCUGUCCCCACCCCGCUGCCCGCUGGGGGUCAGCCUCAUCACAGACGGCUGUGAAUGCUGUAAAAUGUGUGCUCAGCAGCUUGGGGACAACUGCACAGAGGCCGCCAUCUGUGAUCCUCACCGGGGCCUCUACUGCGACUACAGUGGGGACCGCCCGAGGUACGCAAUAGGAGUGUGUGCACAGGUGGUCGGCGUGGGCUGUGUCCUGGACGGGGUGCGCUACACUAACGGCCAGUCCUUCCAGCCCAACUGCAAAUACAACUGCACGUGUGUGGACGGUGCAGUGGGCUGCACGCCGCUGUGCCUCCGUGUGCGCCCCCCACGCCUCUGGUGCAGCCACCCCCGGCAGGUGAGCCUGCCCGGCCGCUGCUGCCAGCAGUGGGUGUGUGACAACGAUGCCAGGAGGACACGCAAGACAGCGCAGCGCCACACGGGAGCCUUCGCGGCUGCCGGGGAGGUAGAGCCGUGGCAGAGGAACUGCAUAGCCUACACGAGCCCAUGGAGCCCCUGUUCCGCCACCUGCGGCUUGGGGGUCUCUACGCGGAUCUCCAGUGCCAACGCAGGGUGCUGGCCUGAGCAAGAAAGCCGCCUCUGCAACCUGCGGCCGUGUGACCUGGACAUCCGCCCACACAUCAAGGAGGGGAAGAAGUGUUUAGCUGUAUACCAGCCAGAGGCACCCAUGAACUUCACCCUUGCUGGCUGCGUCAGCAUGCGCUCCUACCGGCCCAAGUACUGCGGGGUCUGCGUGGACAAUAGAUGCUGCAUCCCCUACAAGUCCAAGACCAUCAGUGUCUCUUUCCAGUGUCCCGAUGGGCCGGGCUUCUCCCGCCAGGUGCUGUGGAUCAACGCUUGCUUCUGCAACUUGAGCUGUAGGAAUCCCAACGAUAUCUUUGCUGACUUGGAAUCCUACCCUGACUUCUCAGAAAUUGCCAAUUAGGUGAGCACAAAACAUGGGGCUCAGGUCCUGGCCCAAUGCUUGCAAAGCAGCCAGCCCUCUGAGGCCCAGCUGAGCCUUGUUUUGUCCACUUCCCACCCCCUUUUAACCACCCUGAUCCUGACCCUUGGCCACCUUUUCUUUUUCCGACUGUCCAAAGGACCCAUUAUGGUGCUGUUCAGGCUCAGACUAUGAGUCCAUUCCUUGGCAGCAUUCUACAUACACUUCAAAGAAAGUGUCUCUAGCUGUUCUGGACAAUACGCCAGCUGACAAGCCUGUCCCGUUACUGGAGGUCCUGCUGGGUCUUGCCUGAGUCCAAAGGAACAGAAUCAGCUAGGCAUUCAAUAUCACUAAUUCCCUCUGUAGAUGCCAAACCACAGUAUUCUGGGUCCGUGCGGAAGGACAGAUGGAUUUGGGACAAUGGAAUAGUCUAUUAUUUGGGCCCUGCCAAGUUGCCCUCUAAUAGACAGUUCAAGCCACAGGACACCAAAGUAUCUCUGAUUCCAAAGAUUUGUGCACCCAAGGUCACCAAAUAUUUGCCCAGUGAAGUGAGUGGUUGUUUGGUUUAUGAUUUUUAAUGGUAAGUUGUAUCCAUAAAUCCGGGCAUUGUUGAGGUUAAGUUUCUCUACAUCCCUGCACUGUGAAGGGCACAACUUGGGUUCAUUCCAGAAAGAAAUGCUACUUGAUAAAUUCCAUUCUUGUUCAUGGGAAAAGUCCCCAGUCAAUGCUCCAAGGUCAGAGCAGGGUCAGCCAAUUUUCAGAACAAGUGAUGGACCCUAGCACCAAAUCUACUGCUGACCAGCAGGGCCCUGGACAACUGGCCAGCCUCUUCCUCGCAUCCAGAACCUCUCCCUCCUUAGGGGCUCAUGGGAGCUAGUGGAGCCCCUGGGAUGACCUCUCUGACCCCUCGAGUGGCAUGCUGGAACAUUCCUCUGCUCUUACAGAGCCUUGGGAGACCCAGCCAAAGGCCAGGCCAAACACACCCGAAAUGACUACGACAGGUCCAGGCUUGGUGUGGGUCAAAACAGAAGUGAGUUCAUUCUGCAUCAGUCCAGGUGGCAAGAGUCACUGGGCCUAGGACAUCUCUUUCCGCCACAGCGGUCCCUUUCACAGACUUUGGGUCUGCUGAUCCAAACAACCCAGGUCUUGUGGGCCAACAGAGGUAUACCAGUCGUUCAGAAGCAGAGCUGUAUUUAACUGGGAUUAGAGGCCACAAGGGGUUGGAGCUAAAAGGAAGAAGAGGUUGUUAUGAAUGGAAAUGAAGCUGUUAUUUAUCUUAUUAGUAAAAAGUAGAUAUUUACUGUUCUAAUUCUUUUAUUUAGUUCCUUCUGGGCGCCAGACAUCAUUCUCAGUACUUUACAUAUGCUAGGUCACGGUUACUUCACAAGCAUAUCGAAAAGUGACCAUUAUUGUUUCUGUUCUUACAAAUGUGAAACGGAAGAUCAGAAAGGGAUGGCAGCCUGACCCAAGCCCCCAGCUGGGAAGUGAGGCAGGCGGGAGUCGGGCUGCAAAUCCAAGCCAGGCUGACUCCGUCACUGCGCACACUUCCCAGCAUGUCAGAGCAGGAGAGCCUCAGUAUCAUUGACAUCCCGCUCUCGUGUUUUGCUCUUACCCUGUCUCUCUGCUCUUCUCCCAAGACAAGACUAUUUGACUUUCAGAUAAUUUAGGCGUCUGGACAUCCAAAGAAAUAUGGAACAGACAAAACCCCAUGAAGCCCACACAGGUCACCCCCUCCUUCAGAACGAGCUCUCGGCAUGUGUUUGAAAGAUAGCUUUGCUUACCCAAUGCUGCAGAUGGAAAGACAUGCAGUAUUGGUGGGAUAAUUCUGUGUGGUGUGCAAAGGAAAUCCUGAACAGGAAAAUGGGACUGGGGAUGCAUCCUGCUUACUGUGACCACCCGGAUGCCUAGCCCAGUGCAAGGCAUGCAGUGGAGCUCAACGUGGGUUUGAUGAGUAAAGGGACUGGUGUAGGUGCUAUACUUUCAGGUAGAAGCUCUAUGAUUCCAAAGUUACAUGACAAUCUAAUUUUUAUCAACCAAAUCUUAUUUUAAGAGCCGUAGGAAAAGGUAUUUUUUUUUAAAUAUCUAGGCAGUAUUUUUCAAAAGAAAAAAAAGGCUUCCCAAUUUUCCAUGGUAACUAUGUCAUGAAACAUUAGUUAAGAAUACAACGUCUGGAAUUACACUGUUUGGGAUCAAAGUCCAACUCUGCCAAUUACUUGACAGGUGAAAAGAUAUUUUUUUAAAUGUACAUUUCUAUUACAAAAAAAAAAAGAAGAAUUCUUGUGUGAAGACAAUUUACCCCAUGCAUAAUUUCUUCUAUUAAUCUGUGGGGAUCGUAUUAGAUUAUUUUAGAGUGAAAUCAUCUGCCAUCUACAAACAACAAGGACUAGAAGACAGCUAACACUGCUAUUUGCAGAAACUCAAGCGGUAGGUUCUUACUGAAUUUGUAUCCCAAACUGAGAAACUGAAUAUGACUUCUGAAAUCAGAGGGAGCCUGGCUGGAGGAUUUAGGGGAUUGUCCUGGGAAUGGAUGGGAAGCGGUGGCCGGAAUGCCCCAGUUAGUUUGUUUGGAGAAAUGGACCUAUUCUAGGCAGCCGCAGAGGGAAAGUCUCAGCUCUCUGUUUUGAAGUUCUGGGGAAGGAGAUUUGGGCCCAAUGUGAGGAAGUUCUUGGUAGCAGUCAGAACUACCCAGCAAUGGUGUGACCUGCUUCAGCAAAAGUUAGUUAUAAUCAUAACAGAAAAAAGUCCCUUUAUUGAGUGCAUAUGUGGUGCCAAGAAUGAUGCUAAAUUUUAAUUCUCUUACUAAUUAUCACAUCAAUUGUAAGUGUCUCCUCCCCAUUUUAUAACUGGAAAGUCAGUUUUAAAUCUGAGACUGAUGGAGUAAUAAGCCAAAAAAAGUUGGAUCUCAAAGCCUUGCUCAUACCAUCUGGCUCUCUGGGAGGCCUCCGAGCCCAGCCUGAAUGACCCCUGUUGGAGGGUCACCUGGGCAGGGAGGGGAUCAAGGAGAUCUGAUUGAUCAUCUCUCCUGCCCUGGUAACUUCACAUUCUGAGAUGAGGGACAGGUACACCAAGAGCCCAUUAAGCUUUGGUGAAUAAAUUCACAUUAGCGCUCAGGGUACAUUUCUCUGGGGCACCUAGGUGUAUGUAUGGAGGAAGGAGAGAUGAAUUCACCAAACCACUAAUUCUUGCUACAGCUUAAUUCAUAAGCAUUUGGUGAGUACUCAGCCCCUAUGCUAGGCGCUCUACUGCCAUACCUAUUUAGUCAUCAUAGCAAACUUAGGAGAUAUGGCAUUAUUAUCAUUUCUUCAUUUUAGCUGAGAUAAGACAGCUGAGGCUUAUAGAAGUCAUUUUCUCAAUGUCUUACCAGCCAGUGAACUGCACACCAGGAUCUUAAGCUGAGGUGAGUCUGACCCCAGAGUGGUCUUUUUUGACACUAAGCCCAAUUAGCCUGCCCCCAAGUCAAAAGGUACAGGGGCCACUUUACUGAUAAAUGCUGCAAUUUUAAUUUUGAAGGUGAUUCAGAGAGUAAUCAUAGGAAGUAGACUCAAAUGAUCUGAUUGUCUCUAGUCUCAUUACCAUUGUACUGUGUUUACACAGGCAUUGUGGGGAAGUAAUGUAGCCUGUGACUAUCAUGUUGCGUGAUGUCACUGCUUUUUAAAGCUUUACUUUGAUGCUUAGAGUAACUCCAUGAUGACCCUGCACAUCUGGGAAGCAUAGAUGGUCAGAAUGGGCAACUAUCUCUGCAGGUAGAUAGUUGUGUGUGUGUGUGUGUGUGCGUGUGUAUAAAUGUAUGUACGUAUCUUUUUUCAGACUGUGACUUAAUAUUUAAGAAUUCCUACUGCCAUUUUUGUAAGUGACUAAAAAAUACAUGCAAAGAAUUGUCUUGGAAUUUCCCAAUAGAGGAAAAAUAGCACUUGGGCAAUCUGUCAUGUUUUACGACAUUCCUCAUUUUUCUCAUGAUUUGUGCAGCGUGGCAUGUGUUUGUUCAAUGUGAAGGGUUUUCAUUGCUCAGAUUCCCUGUUUAUAGCUAUUCUCCUUAAAGCAAUAAAUCAUCAGCAAAGUGA